AUGAAAACCUUUAAACCGCGGCCCAGCUUUUCCGAUCCAACUGUAUACUAUUCUUUACUGCAAGUUUCAUUCCCCAUGAUCUCAUCUGAUUUAGAAACGGAUAGAGUCCAGGAACUUGACCAGUUGUUAUCACUUAUCCAUCCUAGGAUAGUAGACUAUGUCGCCUCGGCUGAUGCCAAUUCCGAAAAAUUCCAAGCUAACUCUUUAGGAAGCUUCCACGAACCGCUGGAACUAAAGAAAAUAUUCACCAGCGAGGAAGGGAUAUUCGAGCGGGGCUUGAAGAACGAUCACGAUCUGCUAUUCCACCACAUUGACAACGUUUUGAAAUACUCAGUAAACACAUGGAACCCUGGAUUUCUUGACAAACUUUAUGCAUCCAAUAAUCCGAUUGGUGUAAUUAGCGACAUAAUUUUGUCAGUUCUUAACACGAAUUCUCACGUUUACACUGUCUCUCCAGUCCUCUCCGUCCUAGAAAACUAUAUGGGCAGAAAGUACGCGAGACUCUUUUAUCUGAAUCACCAAGACACAUGCGGCGGUCUCACAUUCUCUGGGGGCUCAUGGUCUAACAUUACUGCCAUGCAAAUCGCCAGAUCAAUUAAAUAUCCUGAGACGAAACUUCAUGGCAAUGGUAAUUUCAAGUUCGCUGUUUAUGCUUCUAAGCACUGUCACUACUCUAUUGAAAAAGCUGCAAUUCUUCUUGGUAUUGGAUCAAAGUCCGUUUUCAAAGUUGAUAUCAAUUCGGAUGGAACAAUGAACACUCGUUCUCUUGAGGAAACGAUUCAAAAAUCAAUUUCGGAAGGUUAUACGCCGCUUUUCAUCAACACGACUGCGGGUACAACUGUUUUCGGACUGUACGACGAUAUUCAAGCUGCUUCUGCCAUUGCAAAAAAAUUCAAUGUAUGGUUACAUGUUGAUGGUUCUUGGGGUGGUAAUGUUAUUUUCUCUGAGGUUCACAAGAAAAAGCUAAAGGGCAGCGAGUUUGCAGACUCCAUCACUACGAACCCGCACAAAAUGCUUGGAACUCCAAACACAUGUUCAUUUCUUUUGCUUCCAGAUGUGAAAACUUUCCAAACAGCAAACUCGCUUGCUGCACCAUAUCUUUUCCACGGAAGAGAGAAUGACGAAGAAAACAUGGACUUGGCGGAUGGAACCAUGGGAUGUGGACGAAGAGCAGAUGCAUUCAAGUUUUACUUAACUUGGCUCUACUAUGGUUACGAUGGCUUGCAGCAGCGUGUUGACCAUGCUUUUCGGAUUGUGGAGUAUUUUGUGCAAAGCAUUACUAAUGUGCCAGGGUUUACUUUGGUAGACGAACACCCCCAGUGUCUUCAGGUUUGCUUCUACUAUAGACCGGAGGGAUAUGAAGGAGAUGAUAUGACGAAUAUUACUAGAUUCAUCUCACGUACUCUCCAUUCCCAAGGAAGAUACUUGAUGGACUUUUCGCCAAAUCCAACAAAGGAUGAAAAGGGUGAAUUCUUCCGUGUGGUGUUCAACUCUCCAAUUCUCACAGACAAGAUUAUAGACGACUUGGUGGCAAGCAUUGUUUCCGUUGGAGCCGCAUACCAAAAUAAAAUGGGCCAACUGUAA